AUGAACAGAAAGCAGGUGCUUUCUGGCAACGCAUUUCAGCUUACUUUGAAGCUAGUCCUAAGGUGGAAAGGGGUGAAAAGAGAGAGCCAAAUCCAGUGUAAACAAAGGUGGCAGAAGCUUAACGAUCUUGUCUGCAAGUUCUGUGGAUCCUAUGAGGCUGCAACCAGACAGAAGACAAGUGGUCAGAGUGAGAGUGAUGUUGUGAAAAUGGCACACGAGAUCUUCUACAACGAUCAUAAGAAAAAAUUCAACCUCCACCACGCUUGGGAAGAGAUUCGCCAUGACCAAAAGUGGUGUGAAUUUGCUACUAGUGAUCAACCAACCAAACGGCCUCCUGGCGUGAAGGCAGCGAAAGCAGCAAGUGGUAAGAGAGCUAUAGUCGAUCACGAGGCUGUCUCUGAGUUUCAGACCACGUGGUCUAUUAAGGAGAAGGACUUGGCGUCUCAUGAAGAUCGUUGCUUUGUUGAUCGUUGCACUGUCUCUCCAAGUUCCAAUUUUCUGGAAGAGGAAGAUGGAGCUAAAGUAGUGAGAGUUGAAGUCACGAGAGUCACGAGUCUAAGCAUGUGA